GGAGCUGCAGUUUUAACAACGUGAACAUGGACUGCGAAAGGACUCUGGAGAUUAAACAUUGAUUCGGGAGGGGAGAUUGCACAGCGUAGGAUAAGCCAGGGAUGUUUUCAGCCAAUAGGAAGAGAUGAUUCUGUGAAAGAGGAGCAUCGCUGCGGAGAGCAAGCAUGGCUUUUGCCCAGUCACACAUUAUGACGGCUAGAAGGCAUCAGCACAGUCGACUCAUCAUUGAAGUGGACGAGUACAGCGCCAACCCAACGCAGGCGUUCACGUUCUACAACAUUAACCAGGGACGUUUCCAGCCCCCUCAUGUGCAAAUGGUAGAUCCUGUUCCACAUGAUGCUCCCAGACCUCCAGGAUACACCCGUUUUGUUUGUGUGUCUGAUACUCACUCCAGAACAGAUCCAAUUCAAAUGCCAUAUGGAGAUGUUUUAAUUCAUGCUGGUGAUUUCACUGAACUGGGACUUCCUAGUGAAGUUAAAAAAUUCAACGAAUGGUUAGGUAGCCUACCAUAUGAAUACAAGAUUGUGAUAGCAGGCAAUCACGAGCUGACAUUUGAUCAAGAGUUCAUGGCGGACUUAAUCAAGCAGGACUUUUAUUAUUUUCCCUCUGUAUCUAAACUGAAGCCAGAAAGUUACGAAAAUGUACAGUCUCUCUUAACAAACUGCAUAUACCUGCAAGAUUCAGAAGUAACGGUGAGAGGCUUCAGGAUAUACGGUUCUCCAUGGCAACCUUGGUUUUAUGGCUGGGGCUUUAAUCUUCCGCGAGGCCAAGCACUCUUAGAGAAAUGGAACCUAAUUCCAGAUGGAAUAGAUAUUCUUAUAACACAUGGACCGCCUCUUGGAUUUCUAGAUUGGGUUCCUAAGAAAAUGCAAAGGGUGGGCUGCGUUGAGCUGCUGAAUACAAUCCAGAGACGAAUACAACCACGACUUCAUGUUUUUGGACACAUUCAUGAAGGUUACGGUGUUAUGGCUGAUGGAACAACUACCUAUGUGAAUGCUUCUGUGUGUACCGUGAAUUACCAGCCACUGAAUCCACCCAUAGUUAUUGAUUUACCUACUCCGAGAAACACAUGAUUGUGACAGAAGACAAACACGAAGCCCGUAACUUAUGCCAGUGAGCAACCAUGAAAUUAUGGCAUUAUUUUUAUUGUUCUUUACGGACAAACUGGAAAGACGCAAACGGACAAGUAACAAAGGCAUUUGGUAUCACAACCUUUUGAAAGUGUAUUCAUGGAUUUAGCAUUUCAUUGUUUUAAAAGAAUUGUUAAUAUGAAAAAAGGAGACAACUUCCACAUUAUAGACAUUGGUGUAUUUUGUAUAUUCCAUAUGCUAUACUGAAUUUACGAAAGGACAUGUCUCUUCAGCAAAAUGGUCCAUUAUGAAUGCUUGCAGUUUUAUAUGUGUGUUCAGUACAUCUUCAUUUAUAUCUGG